AUGGGGCAGCGAUGCCACAGUAACCUUGUCACUCACGCCAUGGGGCGGCAAUCCCACAAUGCCUUCUCCCUCUCGCCAUAGCAAUCCCACAAUGCCCUUCUCCCUCAUGCCGUGGGCCGGAUAAAUCCGUGUCAACCCCACAGUGCCCUUCUCCUGAACACCAAGGGGUGGAUAAAUCCCCCUAGAAAGCCCAGUUACAAGCUUGAGCUGAAUUUUCUGUACAACAAAGCAAUUCCUUUGAUUUUUUUUUUCUUCUUCCCAGUUCCCAGCGACUUUGCACCCAAGGCAGAGGAGCUGCUAUUGCUGGUGAAACAACUGCAGGAUGCAAGGACCCUGGAGCCCCGAAUGGACGACCUGGUAGGAAGGAUCAGCAGACUGCAGCGAGCUAAGCAGGCUCUAAGCCAGGAGCUGCAUGAUGGGAAGGCGCGCAGCGAGGAACUGCAGGCAGAGCUGGAGGAGCUGAACGAGGAGAAGUCGAACCUGGAGGAAAUCUGCAGCCAGAAGGAAGAGGUCCUGCGGACCCUGCAGCUCCACUGCCAGGAGACAGAGGCCGAGGCCCAGCGGCAGCAGACGCUGUCCCAGGAGCGGAAGCAGAGCAUCGAGGAGCUGAUGGCGAAGAUCCAGGAGGAGAAGCUGAAGCAGAGGAAACAGAGGCUGGAAUUUGAGCAGCAGCUGGACGAGCUGAUGGAGACGCACAAGAGCCUCCAGGAGUGCCACAGCAUGGAGAAGCUGGCUGCCGAGAUCUGCAGCAUGGCCGAGAGCAAGGAACGUUUGCUGAGCGAAGACAAGCUGAUCCAAGACAACCUGGCCCAGGUCGAGAAGCAGCUGGAUUCCCUGCCCCAGGCAGAGGCAGCUCCCAGCCAGGAGAGGAUGUUCCUGAAGAGCCAGGAGGCCAGCACUGCCCUGCAGCUGUUCCAACAGGAAAACAAGAGAGCCACCGAGUAUCUGGAGGCAGCUUCGCGCCGCCACUCAGAACUGCAGCAGAAGUUCAAGAGGCUGACGGCCGAGCUGGAAGCCCAGCAGGGAUCCAGGGGUGACUCGGCCAGCAUGGAAACAGAUGCCUAA